GAUGGGGAGGGCCGCACAAAGGAAUUCCUCACCCCAAGCCCCCUGACCGGCAGGCAGCGAGUAAAGACACAGAUCUGCUCUCCCUCCCCCUUUCUCCCUCCCAUCUUCCCACCCUGGCUGGGCACUGGCCAGAGAGCAGCGGCAGGCCUUCGGAGAGGACCCACGCAGCCUCCUGUAGGUGGCAACAGUGCCACCUGUUUGACCGGUGGGGCUGAGCCAAAGACUGGAAGAGGGAGGAGGCAGACAAGUCGGAGAAGAGCUGGGAAGCAGAGCAGUGCUGAGCAGAGAGCAGACUGCCGCUGAGAAAAGGCCCUCACCAUGGCCGAAUCCCCCGGCUGCUGCUCCACCUGGGCCCGCUGCCUCCUCUGCCUGUAUAGCUGCCACUGGAGGAAAUGCCCCAAAGAGAGGAUGCGAACCAGCAAGUGUGACUGUGUCUGGUUUGGCCUGCUCUUCCUCACCUUCCUCUUCUCCCUGUGCUGGCUGUACAUCGGGCUCAUCCUCCUCAAUGACCUGCACAACUUCAAUGAAUUCCUGUUCCGCCAGUGGGGACGCUGGAUGGACUGGUCCCUGGCAUUCCUGCUGGUCAUCUCUCUCCUCGUCACAUAUGCAUCCCUGCUACUGCUCCUGGCCUUACUCCUGCGGCUCUGUGGCCAGCCACUGCAUCUGCACACCAUCCACAAGGUGCUGCUGCUCCUCGUUGUGCUUCUUGUGGCCGCUGGCCUUGUGGGAGUGGACGUCCAAUGGCGGCAGGAGUGGCGUAGCUUACGUCUGUCACUGCAGGCCACAGCCCCUUUCCUUCACAUUGGAGCAGUUGCUGGCAUCACCCUUCUGGCCUGGCCUGUGGCUGAUACCUUCUACCAUAUCCGCCGAAGAGGUCCCAAGAUUCUGCUCCUGCUCCUAUUUUUGGGAGUUGCCCUGGCCAUCUACCUGGCCCCUCUGUGCAUCUCUUCACCCUGUCUCAUGGAACCCAGAGACUUACCCCCCAAGCCUGGGCUGGUGGGACACCGAGGGGCCCCCAUGCUGGCCCCCGAGAACACCCUGAUGUCCCUGCGGAAGACAGCCGAGUGUGGAGCUGCUGUGUUUGAGACCGACGUGAUGGUCAGCUCCGACGGGAUCCCCUUCCUCAUGCACGACGAGCACCUGAGCAGGACCACAGAUGUGGCCUCUGUGUUCCCAGCCCGAAUCACCGACCACAGCAGUGACUUCUCCUGGGCUGAACUGAAGAGACUCAAUGCCGGAGCCUGGUUCCUGGAGAGGCGACCCUUCUGGGGAGCCAAGCGGCUGUCAGGCCGUGAUCGGAAAGAAGCUCAGACUCAAACAGUACCAAUGCUGGAAGAGCUACUGAAGGAAGCUGCAGUCCUGAACCUUUCUAUCAUGUUUGACUUACGCCGCCCCCCGCGAAACCACACAUACUAUGACACUUUUGUGAAUCAGACCUUGGAGACUGUGCUGAGUUCAAGGGUGCCUCAAGCCAUGGUCCUUUGGCUCCCGGAUGAAGAUCGGGCUCAUGUCCAAAAACGGGCACCCAGAAUGCGUCAGAUAUAUGGACAGCAGGGAGGCGACACAGCUGAGAGGCCCCAGUUUCUCAACCUCCCCUAUCAAGACCUGCCACUAUUGGAUAUCAAGGGACUGCACCAGGACAACGUGUCAGUGAACCUAUUUGUAGUGAACAAAGCCUGGCUCUUCUCCCUACUCUGGUGUGCAGGGGUGGAUUCUGUCACCACCAACGACUGCCAGCUGCUACAGCAGAUGCGGCACCCCGUCUGGCUUAUUCCGCCUCAAACCUACCUAAUGAUGUGGCUCGUCACAGAUGGUGUCUCCAUCCUGCUGCUUUUGUGGACCUUCCUCCUCCAUGGGAGAUGUGCUCAGGACAGACAGAGAACUGGCUUCGAAACAGCAGUGUUGCUGACCAGGAUCAACAAUUUCAUCAUGGAGUGAAUGCCCUGCCCUGGGCCCCCACCAGCACAGACCAACAGCAGGAAGAGGGAAUGGGAGCGGUGGAAUAUUGGUGGGGAUGGGGUGGGGUGAUCUCUGCCAACAGGAAGUUGUAAAUUAUGGGGCCCUCUGUCCAGAUGAUGGACACGCCGUCAGCUUCCAUGUAAGCUGCUGCCCUUCAGGUUCUGACCGAGGUACUUGGAAAGGCAGUGAGUCAUGAGCAGUUUCUCCCGAAAUGAAAGUAGAACAGAGGAGAUUGCCAAGAUAAUGUUUCAGACUUGUAAGCACGUAUUCUUCUGUAGAAGGCAUGGGUGUGACAGGGACAGGACAGGUUGGAACAUUGACUGAAGAUGACAAAGCAGCCUUUCCUGAAGAACUAAGAUGAUGGAGACACCGACCCCACUCCAUUCACUGUCACCUGCCCCCUGCAAUUUAGCUGCUUUCCCGCCUAGGAGCUGGGGCCUCACCAGCCCAUGUAGCCAUGUAGUUCUGUGCUUACCUUACAGGUGGCUUUUUGCUAAGCACAGCCUUCUUCAAGGCAAGGUAGCUCAUGUUUCUUGUUAAUCCGUUUCUCAAUGAACUGAAUUCU